GUAUCAAAUCUCGCAAACAAUGUCUGGUCGCGGAAAAGGAGGUAAAGUGAAGUCGAAAGCAAAGUCGAGGUCCUCGAGAGCUGGUCUGCAGUUCCCCGUCGGACGUAUCCAUCGUCUCCUUCGCAAAGGUAACUUUGCUGAGCGCGUGGGUGCGGGCGCUCCCGUGUAUUUGGCCGCAGUGUUGGAGUACUUGGCGGCUGAGGUGCUCGAGUUGGCCGGCAAUGCCGCCCGCGAUAACAAGAAGACCCGUAUUAUUCCCCGACACCAAAACUGCAAACGCUUUCCCCUUAUAUACCCCUAA